GCAAGCCACGCCGUCGCCAUUGGCAUUGCCUUGCGAUGGCUGCCGCAGACUUUGAAAACACAAGGAAUGCGCCACGAGGAGAUCUUUCGUCUCACGAGGAAUUGGUCAGAGGCGACAAAUUCUUCUCCAUUGGUGCAUUCUGGUCUGAAGUUUAGGAGGGAGGGACGAUAUGAGCUACUAACGGGCACCUGACAGAAAACCAGCUCAAAGCAGAGCGGCAUGCAUCCAACGCAGCCAAUGGCGGCUCUUGGGAGCUCUGUCCGCUCCUUGUGGCUGGCCGUGGGGCAAUCAGACAUGUUUGUCAACAGUUUCUGCCGCCCCGACCAGUUUGACGAGUGGUCCAAGAUCAGCAACCAGCUGGCGCGCUUCACGCCCUGCUUCACCGACGUCGUCAUUCUGACGUCGGCGCACGUAGUCAUGAUUGUGAUGUGCAUUGUCCGCCUGCGACUCCUCAAGUCGCUGCCCCCAAGUAAAAGAUACCGGGCCAAUUCAAGGCCUGUUCUAGUCGCCCGGGUCCUAGGCGCAGCGUAUUGUGCGCUUAUCCCCAUUCUGCAGCUGGGGGCUCGACUGUCCCUAGCAACGGCCGGAACAGAGCCAUUGGCGCCAUUUGAGAUCUUCGCCCUCAUCGCUGCGGCUUUAGCAUGGGCUGUCACUUCGCACACGUUCUACAUGGAACGGUGCAUCUAUGUGCGAGAGGGGGCCUGGUACACUCGCCUGGCGGUCCUCUACGUUCUCUCAGGCAACUUGGCUAAGCUGCAAUUUGUGUGGCUUCUCAUUGGAGAAAACAGCAAGGUCUUCUUCUACUUCUUCCUAAGCAACGUGGCCGUCAACUCUCUGCUGGGGCUCUUUGCCCUCUUCUGGUUCCCGCCUCUGGAAAAGAGUUUCCAGAGCGACGAGCACCCCGAAGAAGAGGCUGGUACAACUGUAGCAGAGGGAGCGGCGUACAUGCCCCUUGCUGACGAGGCCCCCAUCGAUGCGGACACCAGCGUGUGUCCGGAGCGGAAGGCCAACUUCAUCUCCCGCCUGUUGUUCUCUUGGAUCACGCCCGUAAUGGCGGUGGGGUACAAGCGGCCGCUCCAGGAUCCGGACGUCUGGCAGCUUGACACGUGGGACCGAACGGACACCAUUGCGGACCAGUUCAAUCGCUGCUGGGAAGCGGAGCUCAAGAGGGGAAAGCCUUCCCUCUUGCGCGCCCUGCACAAGGCCUUUGGAGGCCGCUUCUGGAUCGGUGGAAUCUACAAGAUUGGCAACGACGCCUCCCAGUUCGUGGGCCCCGUCUUCCUGAACCUGCUGCUGGCCGCCAUGCAAAACGGCGAGCCGUCCUGGAAGGGGUACCUCUACGGGGUCUCCAUCUUCGUGGGCCUGAUGCUGGGUGUUCUUUGCGAAGGCCAAUACUUCCAGAACGUAAUGCGCGUUGGAUUCCGUCUCCGAACCGCCAUCAUUGCGGCGGUCUUCCGCAAGUCGCUCCACCUGAGCUUCCGCGGGCGCCAGUCGUUCAGCGCAGGUCGCAUCACCAACAUGAUGACCAGCGAUGCGGAGGCACUUCAACAAGUCCUCCAAAGCCUGCACAACCUGUGGUCCGCGCCGGUGCGCAUCAUCAUCGCGUGCGUGCUACUCUACGGGGCUCUGGGGAUCGCGUCCAUCGUCAGCCUGCUCGUGCUGCUGCUCAUGAUCCCGACACAGGCAAUCGUUGUGACGACUGUGCAGCGGUUGGUGAAGCAAACGCUGCAGCGCACUGACAAGCGCGUGGACCUAAUCCAAGAGCUGCUGGCCGCCAUGGACAUUGUCAAGUUCUACGCUUGGGAGCACAGCUUUGAGAAGAAGGUCGAGAACAUCCGGGAGGAGGAGCUCAGCUGGCUGCGCAAGUCGGCCGUCGUAUCGGCCUUCAACAUGUUCUUGCUGAACGUGGUCCCCGUCCUGGUGUCAGUCGUGGCCUUCAGCGUGUACGCGUGGCUCGGCAACGAGCUGACCCCCGCCAAGGCCUUCAGCUCCAUCGCGCUCUUCAACGUUCUCCGGUUCCCGCUCUACACCUUCCCGCAGCUCAUCUCGCAGGUCAUCAAUGCGAUGGUGUCCGUGCGCCGGCUGGAGGACCUGCUGAUUGCGGAGGAGCGCCAGCUAGAGGCCAACCCGCCCACAGACCCCACGAAGCCGGCCAUCGUGGUCAAGGACACGGACUUCGCGUGGGACCCUAAGACUCACGAGCCGACCCUACACAGCGUCAGCCUCGAGAUCCCCGCGGGAUCCCUCACGGCCAUCGUGGGCGGCACUGGGCAGGGCAAAUCGUCGCUGGUCGCGGCACUCCUCGGAGAGAUGCCCACUAUGGAGAGCGGCGCGCUAGAGGACCACAUGAACGGGCGCAUGGCUUACGUCCCGCAGUCGUCAUGGAUCUUCAACGCGACCAUUCGCGACAACAUCCUGUUUGGACUGCCCUACAACAGGAGUCGGUACGAGGAGGCGCUCCGUGUCAGUCAGCUGGUCAGAGACUUAGAGCUUCUACCGGGAGGCGACCUGACGGAGAUCGGGGAACGGGGCGUAAACGUCAGCGGCGGCCAAAAGCAGCGGAUCUCCAUCGCACGAGCUGUGUACGCAGAUGCUGACGUGUAUUUCUUUGACGACCCGCUCAGUGCGCUGGAUGCGCACGUGGGCAAGCAGGUGUUUGACGAGUGCAUCCGCGGCGCGCUUGAUGGCCGGACCCGUGUGAUGGUCACCAAUCAGCUGCACUUUUUGAGACACGUGGACAAUGUGCUGCUCAUCAAAGACGGGACGAUUGUUGAGAGGGGCACCUUCGACGAGUUGAAGGCGAACGGGAAGGAGUUCCAACACUUGCUGGAGCAGGCGGGUAGCAUGGAGGAGGAAGACGAGGAGACGGACCCCAAGAAGAAGGCCGCCGGCAAGGUGGCAGGCGAGAAGGCGGUGGGUGCGGUAGUCGCGCAGUCGGACGCGAAACAGGCGAAGACCGAGGAUGGGAAGCCGGAGGCGGGAGGGACGCACCUCAUCAAGGAGGAGGAGCGCGCCACCGGCCUCGUGCGGGCUGACGUCAUCUGGAGGUACGUGGCGGCUAUGGGCGGGACGUCGAUGCUGGUCCUGCUGUUGGCCUUCUUCAUCGUGGUCGAGAUUGCGCGCGUCGGCGCCAGCCUGUGGCUCAGCGUCUGGUCCGGGGCAGGGAGGCACCCGCCCCACUCCGUCGCGUAUUACAUUGGCAUUUAUGCCGGGAUCUCGUCGGGGCAGAUGCUGCUGACGCUGGCCAACCAGCUGUUCCUGGCCCUCAUCGGCAUCAUCGCCGCGCGCGCUCUCCACAACGCAAUGCUGCACACCGUCCUGCGCGCCCCCAUGGUGUUUUUCCAGAGCACUCCCCUGGGGCGCCUCAUCAACCGGUUCACGAAAGACAUUGCUGACGUGGACAAGAACCUGAUCCAGUACACGGCGAUGUUCCUGCGCGGCUUCUUCCAGCUCUUCUCCACGUUUGCGCUCAUCGCGUUUCUGACGCCUUUCGCGCUGACGGUCAUCACGCCGCUGCUCUUCGCGUUCUACAUGCUCUACCUCUACUUCCAGAGCACUGCCCGAGAAGUCAAGCGCCUGGACUCUAUCACACGUUCCCCGGUCUACGCCCAGUUCGGCGAGGCCCUUUCCGGCCUGCCCACGAUCCGCGCUUACCGCGCGCACGACCGCCUCGCAGCGAUCAACGGCCGUGCCGUCGACCUAAACACACGCUACACGCUCGUCAACAUGAGCGCCAACCGCUGGCUCUCGAUCCGGCUCGAUCUGUUCGAGAACAGCUUCAACUCGGUAGAGCGGAUCGGGGAGUAUACCGAGAUCCCCCCUGAGGGCCCGGAGGUGAUCCCCGACCACCGACCCCCCCCCGGGUGGCCCGACAAGGGGGCGAUUGAGUUCAAGGACGUGGUCAUGCGGUACCGCCCCGAAUUGCCGCCGGUGCUCAAGGGGCUGACCGUGUCGAUCAAGCCAGCAGAGAAGGUGGGCGUUGUCGGUCGCACUGGCGCCGGCAAGUCCACCAUUUUCAACACCCUGUUCCGCAUGGUCGAGAUUGAGUCCGGCGAGAUCGACAUCGACGGCAUCAAUAUCGCGACGAUCGGGCUCGCCGACCUGCGCCGCAAACUGAGCAUCAUCCCGCAAACUCCGGUGCUCUUCACCGGGACCAUCCGCUUUAACUUGGACCCGUUUAACGAGCAUCCCGAUGGGGAGCUUUGGGAGGCGCUCGAGCGCGCGCACCUCAAGCCUGUAAUCGCCAAGAGCCCCCUGGGGCUUGACACCGAGGUGACCGAAGGAGGCGAGAACUUCAGCGUGGGUCAGCGGCAGCUCGUGAGCUUGGCACGUGCCCUCGUCAGAAGAUCCAAGAUCCUGGUGUUGGACGAAGCGACGGCGGCGGUGGACAUUGCCACCGACUCGCUGAUCCAGAAGACGAUCCGAGAGGAGUUUAAGAAUUGCACCCUGCUCACGAUCGCCCAUCGCCUCAACACGAUCAUCGAUAGCGACCGCAUUUUGGUCCUGGACGACGGGCGCGCCGUCGAGUUCGAUUCCGCCGCGAAGCUGCUCAAGAACAAGGGCGGUCUGUUCUACUCGCUGGUCCAGAGCACUGGGUCCGCCAACGCGCACUACUUGGAGCGCAUCGCCUCUGGUUCAAUGGACGCAAAGGAGGAGCGCGAGCAGCACGCCAAGGAGGGCAAGCGCAAGCUGGACCGCGAGUCGGUCUCGCGCAAGUGGAUGAGCGCCACCAGGUGGGCGCUCGCCAAGGCGCUCGCGCAGUCGACGGGCGACCUGCAGAAGUCGGGGCCCGUCUCCGAGAGCGUGCGGGACGCGGUGUCCCUGCUGCGGGGGGUGCUGCAGGGGGAGCGCCGCGAGGAGAUCGCGGCCGAGCUGGAACAGCUGCAGGUAUCCGAGGAGCGGUGGUACCAGGCCUUGGUCCGUGUUGUCGAGAGUUUAGCCACGAUGGGCCGGCAGCUGCGCACCCGGCUGACAGACGGUGGCGAGAAGGACGAUCUCUGGUCCACUGUGGCGUUCGCGUACGACCAAACGGACCAGUGACACGUGGCGGGGUAUGGUUCGUUUCGUAUGUGAUUAGCAGAGCCUCAUUGAGGAAUUUUGUGCUGUAGAGUACUGGGCUCGAGUCCAUCUAUCUAGUUGUGACCUGCCUCGUCGAGGCUUUAGCCCGAACGGCUUCAGGCGACAAACACAUUAUUUGUUCAGGUCUUGGGUACGAGUCUACAUUAUCUUUGUUACCGACCAUCAUUCUGAUCCGAAGAGUGUCCCUAAUAUCUGUGCGGAGUACGUUUAAGAUUGCCGUAUCAAGCUCCCAUUCCAUCAACAGCUUCUAUAGUAC